UCCUUUAGAUUUGACAAGAUUUUUCGACUGCUGCCCUCUCAAAGCCGACCUUUCAAAUUGUGUAAAAGAAUGCCCGUGCCAGUUUGGCGGUUACUGUGACUUCACCGAACACACCUGCCGCUGUCCGUCGGGGCGAUCCGGGUUGCUUUGUGAAGAAACAUGCCCCUUUGGGACGUAUGGAGUUGAAUGCGUGCAGAGAUGUACAUGCGGUGAUGGGGCCUUGUGUGAUCCAUACAGUGGAUUAUGUAGCUGCCAACCUAAUCAUAGCUGCAUGAUAUGCCGAGAGGGGUUCUACGGUCCCACGUGCAAGUUGACCUGCCCAUGUGACGUAGGAGUGUCAUGUGACUCAUUUACUGGACGUUGCUUGCAAGGUCCGCAAGCAAGUGGAGGAAAUUUCUGGACAGAUUUCUCCAUCAGCGAAAUGGCUGCCAUUGCACUUGGAGCUGCACUUCUCGUUGUCAUAGUGAUAGGUGGCGCACUUCUCAUCAGAUCAUGCUGCAAACAUCGAUCUUCACGGAUGCUAACAUUGACCCGCCUUCCGUCUGAUGAACCGUGUAGAUACACUGUUGAUUCCGACCAUAUUCCUGCUGCCACAGCAGUUACUGCCACCAAACGUCACUCUGCUGUCUUCCUGACUUCUGAUGGAGAUGCUAGCAUCUACUGGAAUCAGAGGGCGAGUCACUUCGAACGACAACUCCCAACUAUUCCCGGAGAAGGACGUCUUCUUCGGCCAGCCAGCGCACAACCUCUGAUGAGGAAACAUUACGAGCGGCGCUCCCUACGGACUGAACGAGCACCGCGGUGCGUUUCUGUCGCAUGCGGAGAAAAACUGGAAUUCCAUCGCGAAACGCCAUCAGACAAGACAAAAUUACCAGUUAGACCUCCGAAUGUUGGAAGAUUGAGCGGCAGUGAGGGAAAUUUGUGUUUACCAAUGAGACAAGAGAAUUACGGAUGUACAGCUAGUGCAAGUAUUCCUGAUUACAGCAGACAUAGUCGUGUCGCCAAAAGAAAUGGCAACUAUGACCACUUGACACGACCGGUCAGUUGGGUAUCGCGCUGUUCACGUGAUUCGUCACCUGAACCAUCACCUGAUGGUUAUCAUCGCCUAGAAACUCCACCGACGUUGCGUGUCAAGCGAGGAGAUACAAACAAGGAAAGACCGGGAUCGUCGUCUAACGAUCUCGAUUUCCAGUCACUGCAUGAUUAUGAUCAUGCUCCGAAGCUGCCACCGAUGAAAAGGGGCCAUCUGGAGAAGACGGACAGUGCACCAUUGACAGAGAACAAUUACGAGGAGCCACUUAAGCUCUUAAGAGACUCUAAACGAGAGAAUCGAGUUCAUGAAGAUGACUUUAGUAAAAUGACACGAGAUGCCGAGUCAGAAUUCAGAAGAAACGAAUCCGAGACGUCCGGUGAAAAUAUGUACGAAGUUUUAACGGCACCCUGAGAAGGUGUCAUGACUCUAAUUAGCUAGCUUUCGCACAACCUUGAUACUACUCUAUCCUACCCUUUAUCAUCUAAACCUUGAAGGAGAUAAAAGUUUAUACUUGUCUUGCCAAAGUAAAUUAAUGACUCGUUAUGGCUUCAACUUAUCAUUGACUGGCCAUGCACAUGCUGAUGGAGCUACUCAAAACGGUGUCACAUCCACUUCUCUCUCUCUCUCCUUUUUUUUGGUGGGGGGUAUUCAUUUCGGUGUAUUUUCGCUCCAGUCAAAGAUGCCAUCCUCAAGAUUCUAUAGAUUAUAUCUUCACAGACGAAUUAAUAUUCCAUUUCAGUAAACCUAUACGCAUGAUAUGGCACAAAUUGAUUCAUGAAACGCUCUGGAGGGGCGAUUAUGACUCUAUUCCGCAACGGAUUUGGAGAAUAUAAUCCUAGUUAUUACAAGUUAACGUUUGAAAGGGAUCGAUGUGACUGUACUUUAGCCAAAUAUGAAGAUAACAAUCAUAAAAUAGGUACCGGUUGAUUUCAAGUUGAACCAAGUUUCAACUCGAUAAUUGUUAUGAAAAACGGGAGCAAUAAUCAAGAGAGAAUACAAUGCCUAUUGAUAUUGGUAUAUUGUGUGUGGGCAUGUGCGUUUUCUGGGUGUGUAUGUGUUUGAAAGAAAUAUAGAUAGGCAGAGAAAGGGAAUCCGAUGACGAUGUCAGUUUACAGACUGGUUGUGAUAUUAAAAAAAAACCCAGAACGAAUAUUUAUAGACUAGAACCACUAUACCUUUGGUGGAGAUUAUGUAAAAUGUUACUGGUAUUUGAAUCGAGAACAUUGCCACCAGCAGACCCUCCACGUUUUGAUAAAAACAUCCAUACAGCACAUUCCCGUUUUAUUUAGUUAUUGGAAAUCCUUGCUGUAUUAAAUACUAGAACAUUACAACUUAUACCACUUACAAUCAACACAUUCAUGAAUCAGGUUUGAUAAUGCAAUUACUCUGCAGAUAGUAACUAACAACAUGAUGUUAUAAGCAUCUUAAAAAAAUAUAUUUUCUCUGAAUCAUUCUAAACAUUAUUGAAUGGGGAUGGGCCAAUAAAUAGCGCAAUGUCUCAACUUCUAACAUGUCUAACAAGGUAAACGACAUUCUUAGGGUCAUUUGAUAAUUGUCUCACAAAACUAUGCACAAUUGUGUCAUUGAUGUAAAAGUUGUCUUUUGUGUCUUUUAAGUAACUGUCAAAUAUAGAAAAAAACAUGUAAAAAACAAUAUUACUGCAAUGCAUCGUGAAAUAAUGUGAUGUUAAAAUGUUGCUGUAAAUAAAUGCUUCUUGUUUUUAUAUUGGAAA